ACAGUGCUGAAUGGAAGCUCCUGUUCUCUCCCUUAACAGAGUUUCACCCUUGAUGAAUUCCAAAAGGGGGCAUAAGGGAUUCAGCUGGAGGUGAGCCGGUCCCAGCAAACACACCAGACUGACUGCGACCCGGGACAGUGUUCCAGGUGGAGAAACUGAAACAUUGGACUGAAUCACACAACUGUCAGGAAUUACCACAUAUUUUUUUCUAACCCCCUUCUUCUAUAAUGACAGGGUCUGAUAAGCCGUUGUCCUGACAAGACACACAAGCCCUAUGAUAGGUAAGCAAGUGAAGAUAUAAAGGGCUGCGAGUUUUAAUUGUUGAUUUUUUUCCCAAUUAAUCGUUUAGUGUAUAAAAUAUCAAAACAACUGUGAAAAAGUUGCCAGAGCCCAAGAUGAUAUCUUUAGUUUUCUUGUUUUGUCCAACAGCCCAACACCAAAAUAUAUUUAAUUUGCAUGGUAUAAAACAGAGAAAAGCACCAAAUCUUCAUAUUUAAGAAGCCAUGAACCAGUUCGUGUUUGACAUUUCUAAUGAAUGAAUGACUGAAUCCAUAAAUUGAUUAAGAAAAGAUAUAACAAAGUUAUCCAAGAAGUGCUUCACAAUUAAACCCAUUAAGUACAAAGUCAAACAGGCAGAUUAGUGAUAAGAACAAAGUAAUACAACAAAAUGUAUCUAAACAAAUAACAAACAAGUCUCCUAACAAGCGAUGAAAUACAAAAAUGCAAAAAUUGCCCAUUGAAAAGUUUAGAUGCAAAGACAUCAUCCCUCCAUUUUAAGCUGAGAUCUGUAGAUAUCAAGUUUCAAUGUGAACAGAACAGUUCAGAAAAUAUUGUUUUACCUAAUUUAAUUGUCAUUUAAAUUUAAAAUAGUAAAGUAGAUCGUGAUUUUGUUGUAGGACCCCAAGUCCCGGAGUCCUUAGACCCCAAUUUGAGAGUGGGAACCAAUGGAAGAAUGGGGGAAGAUUGAACCCCCAGUGUGUUUCUGCGUGUGCGUGUGUGUGUGUGUGAGGGCUAUCCAGCUGUGAGAACAGACCCGCCCAUUCAUCGAAAGCGCACGGGGGUCGCACAGCCUCUGGUUUGGAUUGACCAGCCUGUCAUCCAAUGAAAGCGCGUAAAAGCGUGACUCACCCCCUUCCUUUUCCAAUGGAAGCGUGGCGGAGAGGCGGACCACAGGAAGCACACUUGGUUGAAUGGUCAUUGAAGCAGCAAUCAGCGGUAAAUGUGUUAUGAUGCCACGCUCCAAACAGACACCGAGCGGAUUGUCCGAGGCUGCGGUAGCGCACUUUGGCACCAGGUAGACACUUUAUGAAAUGCUGCCGCUGUACGGCUGCGGAUUCGCUGUGCGCGGAGUCUGGCUGCAAAUCAAAUCAGGAGUCCCUCUCUGGGGAUCUGAGCAGUGAUGGACAGUUGCUGGACACUGAUUCGGCGCAUAGGUUGACGAUAAAUUGACCGUGCGGUAACACAGGCUAAACCAUGGACCAAGGAGUUGUUUUUUGUGGCUGCCAGAGGAGGAGGAGGAGGAGCGGCUGAGUUUUCUCCUCCGCUCCGAUCAGCCCAAGUGUGCGAGGAUCGUGAUGAUGCUUUUUGGCCAAACGUGAGGCUCCCGCCGCCGUCCAGGCUGCAAUGUUUGGUCAUUACAGGUGCAUGAAGACUUGACGGGACCUAAUAAGAGCCGCCAACAUGGGAUUCACCUUUUUAUUUCCCCCCUACCUCCGUCUUUUCUGUCCACAAACCGUUUACACGAAUACAGGAAACAUGUCCGCAGAUAUAACGGGGUUUACGGUGUAAUUGAUGGUGUUGCGCUAUGGUCUCUGGAGAUCUGAGUUGUGUAAGGGUUUUAUUUAAUCUACAACGCGGGUUGACGUGCAACCUCUCUACGGAUAGUCGUUAAUUGGGCCCAAUGAUGUAGAGCCAAGUCCACCUGGAUCUAAUGUUCCCUCCUCUCGUGGCGAAACUAACUCCCCUGUGACUUUUGCGCAUGUUCAAUUGUUUUUAUUCCCAGAGCUUUUCAUCACUCCUGGUUAUUGCUUUGGGCAAUCCCAUCUCGGUUUGUAAAGACUUUAGAAUGAAUGUUUGCCUAUAAGAGUGGGGGAUAAAACCGGUGACAGUUUUUUUUGUUUUUUGUUUUUUAGAUUUAAUCAGGCUGUUUCACCAGUGACCAACUAUGGGAAAAUCAACUUCUGACAGACAUUUAAUUCGUCUCAUUUGUGGGACUAAAUAGUUUCCGGACAUUAUUUUUGGAAGUGGAACAAAACUUCUCCCGCAGUGUUUAUUUGUUAAGGCUCGUUUCUGUUGUUGCCUCCCGUUCUCCACUAUGUCCAGAUCAAACAGUGUCAGCCCACCCGGAGUCGGUGCGCCCGGGUUGAGGGGAGGGACCGAGCACAGAUCAGCUUGGGGAGAGUCUGAGACCGUGGCCAACGGGUGCCCAUACUCUGCCAGAUCCCCGCGCAAGAAGCUCACCCGGACCAACAGUCGGUGGAGGGAAGAGGAUGAUCUGGACCAUCGGCAGCCCGGGAGAGCCUCAACGACUGUCAGCAGGGUCAGCUUCAGGUCCAGGUCGGCUUGGCAGGACCAUGGCGAGGAGAGCCGAGACAACAACCGCGCGUCCCCUAAACGCCCAGACGGCGAGGUGAGAGCCAAGUCUGUGGAGCUGGGUCUGGAGGAGCGGAAAGCCAAGCCGAGGACCGACGAGGAGGAGGUCAUGCCCGAAGUUAACUUUUCUUUAGUGGCGUGCUGCACCAGCGUCAUGCACAUUUUCAAAUCCAAGAAAUUCCAGUCGGAAAAGUUGGAGCGGCUCUAUCAGCGCUACUUUUUUCGUCUCAACCAGAGCAGUUUGACUAUGCUCAUGGCAGUGUUGGUGCUGGUCUACACGGUCAUGCUGGGCUUCCACUGCUCUGGUGGGACAGCGAGGCCGAGCGUAACGUAUGUCGUGGUAUUUUCCGUGGCCAUCUUCCUCACACUCAUACUUAUGGUGGUCUGCAACAAGAACGGGUUCCACCAGGACCAUAUGUGGAUUGUGUGCUAUUUGGUCAUCCUGGUGGUGCUGGUGAUCCAGGUGAUCGGAGUGCUGCUCGUGCAGCCCAGAAGUGCCUCAGAGGGUAUCUGGUGGACCGUGUUCUUCAUCCAUGUCAUCUACACUCUGCUGCCCGUCAGGAUGCGCGCCGCAGUCAUCACUGGAGUUAUUCUUUCCGCCAUCCAUGUGACUGUUUCUUGGAUGUUAAACGGCAUGGACAGCUUUCUGUGGAAACAGAUAGUGUCCAACGUGCUGAUCUUCUCCUGUACCAACAUCGUGGGAGUGUGCACCCAUUACCCCGCCGAGGGCUCCCAGAGGCAGGCCUUCCAGGAGACCAGGGAAUGCAUCCAGGCUCGCCUCCACUCCCAGAGGGAAAACCAGCAGCAGGAACGUCUCCUGCUCUCAGUACUUCCUCGCCAUGUUGCCAUGGAGAUGAAAGCUGACAUAAACGCCAAGCAGGAGGACAUGAUGUUUCACAAGAUCUACAUCCAGAAGCACGACAACGUCAGUAUCUUAUUUGCAGACAUCGAGGGUUUCACCAGUCUGGCAUCUCAGUGCACAGCGCAGGAGUUGGUGAUGACUCUUAAUGAGCUCUUCGCCCGCUUUGACAAGCUGGCAGCGGAAAACCACUGUCUACGGAUCAAGAUCCUGGGAGACUGCUACUACUGCGUGUCUGGGCUGCCAGAGGCGAGGGCCGACCAUGCCCACUGCUGUGUGGAGAUGGGUUUGGACAUGAUAGAGGCCAUCUCGCUGGUACGGGAGGUAACUGGGGUGAACGUGAACAUGCGAGUGGGCAUCCACAGUGGCAGGGUGCACUGUGGGGUGCUGGGACUCAGGAAGUGGCAGUUUGACGUCUGGUCCAAUGACGUCACACUAGCCAAUCAGAUGGAGGCUGGGGGCCAAGCUGGACGUAUCCAUAUCACUAAGGCCACUCUGAAUUAUCUGAACGGGGACUACGAUGUGGAGCAGGGAACAGGGGGAGAAAGAAAUGCCUAUCUGAAGAAGCACAACAUAGAAACCUACCUCAUUGUGGGCUGCAGUCAGAAAAGGAAAGAGGAAAAGGCAAUGAUAGCCAAAAUUAACCGACAGAGGACCAGUUCUGUCACCCACAACAGUGGCCACUGGACUGACCGUCCGUUCUACAACCAUCUGGGCGGCAACCAGGUCUCCAAGGAGAUGAAGAGGAUGGGCUUUGAAGACCCCAAAGACAAGCAUUUCAUUUUCAGAAACACGCAGGAAAAUCUAAACCCAGAGGACGAGGUGGACGAGUUCCUGGGCCGGGCCAUCGACGCACGCAGCAUCGACCGCCUGCGCUCCGAACACGUCAAGAAGUUCCUGCUCACCUUCAGAGAGCCUGACCUGGAGAAAAAGUACUCCAAACAGGUGGACUCCAGGUUCGGUGCUUACGUGGCCUGCGCCUCCCUCGUCUUCCUCUUCAUCUGCUUCAUCCAGAUCGUCAUUGUGCCACCCUCCAGUCUGAUGAUCGGCUUCUUCAUCACCUGUCUCAUUAUCCUGACGGCUGUCAUGUUUGUCUCAACUGUGUACUGCUGUUUUGGGCUCUUCCCAGUCCCUCUGCAGACUCUUUCUAAGAGGAUAGUGCAGUCCAGACUGAACAGCACUCUGGUGGGCGUCUUCACCAUCAUCAUCGUCUUUCUUUCUGCUUUCAUCAAUAUUUUCACCUGCAGCAGCAGCGACCUGCGGAGCUGCAUCAAGGUGGAGCUUAACAUCAGCCUGGACAGUGUGAACAUCUGCCACGCCCGCCUCCUCAACUACAGCCUGGACACACAACACAGCCCCUGUGGAGACGACGCCCUCAUCUGCAGCUUUCCUGAGUACUUCUCGUGCUGUGUGCUGCUGAGCCUGCUGGCCAGCUCCGUCUUCCUGCAGGUCAGCAGCAUUGGUAAACUCUUCCUCAUGCUCUUCAUCGAGCUGCUUUACCUCCUCAUCAUGGAGGUGCCCAAAGUGAGCCUCUUCGACAACCAGGACCUGCUGGUGAUGGCCAACGCCAUCAACGUUUUCGAGCACAUGAAUGAAACAAGCUGUGUGGUGGACUCCAAGGUUCCUCUGAAGAUCAUGACCCCAGUGGUCAUCACCGUCUUCGUUCUUGCCCUCUACCUUCACGCCCAGCAGGUGGAGUCCACGGCCAGGCUGGACUUCCUCUGGAAGCUACAGGCCACAGAGGAGAAGGAGGAGAUGGAGGAGCUGCAGGCCUACAACCGACGUCUGCUCCACAACAUCCUGCCCAAGGAUGUGGCCGCCCAUUUCCUGCAGCGUGAACGGCGUAACGACGAGCUCUACUACCAGUCCUGUGAGUGCGUGGCAGUCAUGUUCGCCUCCAUCAGCAACUUCUCAGAGUUCUACGUGGAGCUGGAGGCCAACAAUGAGGGAGUGGAGUGUCUGCGGCUGCUCAACGAGAUCAUCGCUGACUUUGAUGAGAUCAUCAGUGAGGAACAGUUCCGUCAGCUGGAGAAGAUCAAGACCAUCGGCUCCACCUACAUGGCGGCCUCCGGCCUCAACGACUCCACAUAUGACAAGGCCGGGCGCUCGCACAUCCGUGCCCUGGCUGACUACGCCAUGAGGCUGAUGGACCAAAUGAAAUACAUCAACGAACACUCCUUUAACAACUUCAAGAUGAAAAUAGGUCUUAACAUUGGCCCUGUAGUUGCCGGGGUGAUCGGGGCCAGGAAGCCUCAGUACGACAUCUGGGGGAACACAGUGAACGUGGCGAGUCGUAUGGACAGCACAGGUGUACCGGAGAGAAUCCAGGUGACCGCAGACCUGCACCAGGUUCUGAGCUCUUAUAACUACACACUAGAGUACAGAGGUGUGGUCACAGUCAAGGGCAAAGGAGAGAUGAUGACCUAUUUCCUCACCGGUGGACCACCUAGCAGUUAACCCCAACUAAGUGACAAAUAGACACACCGGGGUAGGCUCCUUAACUCUGCCUCUGACAUAACGAGCAGGCUCAUGGACCUCUGAUAGCUUACGGUGGGAGACUGAGACUGACUGAAGCGUCCCUUCUCACAGCGCCAAUCCUUCCUUAAACCUACUGAGGCCACAAUUGGCAAGGAUGAGAGAAUUCCUCCUGAAGAUCAGCCUGCAGAGGACACUAUGAGUGGGAGAGGCCUAGCUAGCCUGAAUCUGCCAUUGAGACCAAAGAUCAGUGCGUAAAGACUCUGCGAGCUAUGCGAGUCUAGGUCCUAAAGGAAGAACAUUCUGGAAGAAAUUUUGUUUGCUUCAAUCGGCCUGAUUUUCCGAUGGUUUCGGACAAACCUGCAGGAGGACAUGAACUACGUCCCUUCCUCUUUUUCUCUCUGCCUUUCUCCUGCUGAAGUAUGUAUGUACAUGUAAAACGCAGACAGUUUUAUGUGUAUGUAUAUGAUUUUAUGUACUGUGUGUAAAACACAUUUUGUCCAUGUUGUCGUGAUACAGGUACAAAUCUCUGGACACUCAGCCAGCACCACAGCACUAUCCGUCCUUGUAUCAAUAUCCGAUCACAUCAGUAAUUAACAGAUUGAUGGAGUAAGUAGUAAGUAGCUGAAGAGUGCAUCUUACAAGUGAGAGGGUCCCUCAGAGACAGUUCGGACUGUUUUAUAAGAACAGAGAGAAAACACUCCACAGUGUUUAUAGAAAGCUUCCCAGUCAGACGUAUACAUUCUAUACACUACAGUAUCAACAGCAUAUACACACACAAAACACAGAGGAUGUCAAUGAAGAGCUUUUUCUAAUCUUCGACAUUUUGUAUUUUGACUUCAGAACCCAAACCCUAUCAGAUAUUUUAAGAUUCUAUAUUUUGUACAUUAAUAUAUUAGAGAGCUAUCUAUAAACAGCAAUGUGUAUUCAGAUGUACAUACUGUAUCACGCUCAUGUUGGGAUUUCAGAAGUCCUCACUGAUGUUGCCUGGUCUUAGCGUAGCGCCACAGCUGAUGUACCAUUUAGCCUCAGCAGAUCGAUGCCCCCGAGUGCCCGUUCUUCUUGCUCUUUUCACCGAAUUGAGCGUUUUCGAUCUGCAGGAAGUCAACCAUUUUCUGAUUGACAUGGCGCUUCUGAUGAUUUCCGAAGCGUGAGACCGAGUAAGUGUGGGGUUUUUUUGUUUGUUUUUUUUUUUUUAAUGACAGACUAGAGGACAGGAAUGCAUCUGUCUUUUUGCACUCCAGUGCUUUCAGCCAUCCACUCCUUCCUGCAUCGCUCCACACCCCCCUCUUAAUUGCUCAAUCAGAUGGUACGACCCAAUGAAUGUCCAAUGAUCUCCGACGAGGCCUUUUAAUAUGAACUAUAUACUAACGACGGUGAUGAUGCUCAUCCUGUGGACAGGGAUAGACGAUGCCCGUGUGGAAAUGUGCCCUUUUAACUGCAUUUUUUUCUUCUUUUUUUUUAUCAAAGCAGUUUUCGUCAGUAUUACAGUAUUACUCAGCAUGUCAUCAGACAAACUGUUUCAUAGAUUUUGGUGAUUUUUUUUUUUUUUUUUUUAGUGAUGUUAUUACCAAACAUUACAGCUGGUUCUGUUUGUCUUGGCUGAGUCACAGAGUACAGUAAUCAGUAAAUGUCUGGACAGAGUGCCAAGGUUUUACCUGAGAAUAUUGAGGAAUAUAGCAAACUUGAGAUAGCUAGCAUUAUUCAAUGUCUUUUGCUGUUGUCAACAAAUCUUAUGAAAAGACCAAAAUCAGUAAUGUUAGUCCAUCUCCCCCUCUUUCUGACUUCCCUACUCUGCUGCUACACACACUGCGCCCUCAGCCCCAGCCUAUUUGUUCCUUGUGAAGACAUAAACCUUUAAACCACUGUAAACACACGCAUAUAGCAUUUAUUUGUACUAUUUGUGUAUUUAACACACAUUUGGUACACUACACUACUGAGUAUUUACUGCACCAAGACGUUGUGUUCAGGAUUUACUCAAAAGGAACUUCAGUGUAUGUGCCACUGGAAUAAUUAUAGACUUUUACCGUGUUUAAAAAGAAUCUAUUAAUAAAUGUUAAGUAGUUGUUAGAAAUGAAUUACGGUAAUUAAAUUUGAAUUGAAAUGAUGCGUAAAAAACUCUUGAGUAAAUAAUGAAAAGAUAAUUAAAUAUUAAAAAGAUAACUAAAACCCACAGAGCACCUGCUGGAGCUCUGAUUGGCCAGCUGCAAUGGGUUGGUAGAAGUCUGCCCAAUCUCCUGCUGCUGCUUCGUGGCUUGGACGUCCAUUCGUUUUUAGGUGGCCCACUGCUUACACAUCUUUAAAUUCAAUUGAUCCCGAAAUGGAAACUGUAAAUGUUAAAGCAGGAAACAAAUGUAUUGCUAGAUGUAAUAUGUCAGGCAGUCACAUCAAUAAAUGGAAUUACAAAAAGUUACAUUCAAGAGCAUUUUAAAAAUAAUUAUGUGGUUCCAUUUAAAAAUUUAAUUACUGAUUGAUCAUUUAAAGUCAGAAUUAGGAAAUAGAUUAAUUAAAUAGAUUACAAAUCAGCAAAUUUGAAGUUUUAGAAUGCAUCAUUUACAUGCAAAUAUAAUUAAACAAGUUAUAAUGGCUUUUUAAAAUUGAUCAAUUCAUUAAUUGAUUUUAAUUAAACAAGGUAAAAGUUAUAAUGAUUCCAGAGGCACACUCAGGCUCUCUGUCCAUGUUUAUGGUACUGGUGGAACAUGUCACCCAGUGCAACGGUGUGGCUCACUGACAUGUUGUAAUAGUUAACAAUGGAGCGCUAUGACACAGAGGAAAAAUAUAUAUCAGCGUUUUGCUACACAGGCAAUACUUGUUUGUAGGAUCAAUUCAUUGAUGAGUUUGGUAUUUUAUUAAUUAAUUUAAUUCCUUUUAGUUUCCUGUUUAAAAAGGAAAAGAGAAACUUGGCACUUAGUCCAAAUGUUUGCUUUGAGUGUGGUGGAUGAAAAUAAGAUUGCACUGGUCUACUCUGGUGGUUUUGUUAACACACUGUACUGCUGCAACCAUUCUCUUCACACACCACUACUAAAACUUUAAGUGUCAUCCUAUUUGACUCACUGAAUGCAGUGCCAUUCUACAACCCCCACCCCCUUUUUUUCUUUUUUUCUUUUUACUGCUUAUUGUGCAGGAAUGUGCCAUUAACACACAAGGGGUUGGAGAGAAGGCACAAAUUAGAGAGGAGUGUAGCUAUGAGGUGCCUGAUUGGACAAUUUCUUAGGUUUGAAGAGUUUGAGAUGUUCACCUCCUUUUUAUUUCUACAGCUGAGGAUCCUCAUGAUGAACCUGAUAGCGAGGUGAGGCAGCGUCUGUGACAAAAACAGCUUCAGAGACAAAACUGUGGGUUGUUUUUGUUGUCAUGCCAAACACUAUGCUUUAUUUUAUUUUAUUUUUUACAGUCAAAUAAACUGAGAUGUUUCACAGGUA